AUGAAUGUUGUUCCUCUUGGGGCUGGGCAAGACGUUGGCCGAUCUUGCAUCCUUGUCACUAUCAACGGCAGGACAGUAAUGUUCGACUGUGGAAUGCACAUGGGGUUUAACGACGAACGUAGAUUUCCGGACUUUUCAUAUAUUUCGAAGACAAAGAACUUCGACAAAGUAAUAGACUGCAUAAUAAUCUCCCACUUCCAUCUAGAUCACUGUGGAGCUCUCCCAUACUUCACAGAGGUCUGUGGCUAUAGCGGGCCGAUUUACAUGACCCUACCGACAAAGGAAGUAUGUCCUGUUCUCCUGGACGACUUCCGAAAAAUAGUUGGCGGAAAGGGAGAUAGCAUCUUCUCAUACCAAGAUAUAAGCAACUGUAUGAAGAAAGUGGUUACCAUCAGCAUGAACGAGACAUACAAGCAUGACGAGAACUUCUACAUCACUCCAUACUAUGCAGGACAUGUUCUAGGGGCUGCAAUGUUCCAUGUUUCUGUUGGAGACCAGUCUGUGGUGUACACAGGUGAUUAUAGUACAACACCCGACAAGCAUCUAGGGCCUGCUUCAAUCAAGUGCAUAAGACCAGACCUCCUGAUCACCGAAUCUACAUAUGGAUCAAUAACUAGAGACUGCAGAAGAGUAAAGGAAAGAGAAUUUCUGAAGGCUGUUUCCGACUGCAUAGCAAGAGGAGGUCGUGUCCUAAUUCCUAUAUUUGCACUAGGAAGGGCUCAAGAGCUUUGCCUGCUUCUGGACGGAUACUGGGAAAGGACAGGGCUUGAGAUUCCGGUGUAUUUCUCCAGUGGCUUGACUGAAAAAGCAAACGAGAUAUACAAGAAAUUCAUCGGUUACACAAAUGAAACUGUUAAGAGGAAAAUCUUCGAAAGAAAUGUAUUUGAGUACAAGCACAUAAAACCCUUCCAAAGGUACUACAUGGAUAACAAAGGCCCUAUGGUCUUGUUUGCAUCUCCUGGAAUGCUUCAUUCUGGAAUGUCUCUCAGGAUAUUUAAAGAGUGGUGUGAGGACGAAAAGAAUCUUGUGAUAAUACCUGGGUACUGUGUUAGAGGAACGAUUGGAGAAAAGAUUCUGAACGGGGCAAAGAGGUUGGAGAUUCUUGGAGAGGAGAAGGAUAUAAAACUGGAAAUCAAGAAUUUAGGAUUCAGUGCCCAUGCAGAUGCACAAGGGAUUCUAAGUGUGAUAGAGCAAUGCGCCCCAAGGAAUGUGAUGCUUGUUCAUGGAGAAAGGUCUCGGAUGAAGCAACUCAAGAAAAGCGUUGAGGAGAGGUUUGGGAUCCCGACAUUUCUCCCACCAAACGGAACACUUAUAAACAUUCCAUCGAAAAACAUCGUCAACCUGAAAAUAAGGAAAGGGCAUCUCUCCAGUCAUUUCAAGCCAAAUUUAUCGAAGGGGAAGAUUUCUUUAAGAAUGAGUCUCUCCUCAAAAAAAGAAGAAAACCAUAUUGAUGUUGUAGAUUGCGAAGAUUACAUAGAGGAUGAUGGCUAG